AGCUUCAGCUUUGGCACUGACGUCAUCGUUUUGGGUGUCAAAGAUUUUCGCAAAGCCAGUUUCUUCUUCCAACGUCCAAACCGAGUGGAUCCCACGCCUCGAUCAUCGGCAAAGUCAGCUGGGGAGAAGCCAAGAGCUUCAACCUUGCACCAUUUCUUGAUGCCUUUGGCUACUGUCUCAAAGCAGAUCAACUAUCUUGCCGCCAGAGAGCACAAUUUCCAGGCCAAGCUGUCCUGUCAGCAUUGUUUGCAAUUUAUAAUUAAUUAUUCGUUAGGAUGAUGCGAUUCUCCUUCCUUCUGUGCCUGGCCCUUUUUGUUGGUGGAACCACGGCAUUCCAAGUUUCCACUCCCAAGGUUGCUGCCAGCCAUGUUGUGCCCAAGUUCUUCUUUGGCAGCAGUGAGACAGCCCUGCAAAUGAGCAGUUCCAACGAAGACCAAAAGAAGAAAACGAAAGGACCAUUCGAUGAAGGAUUGCGAACCAAAUUGGUUUCAGAGAGUAUUGCACCCUGGAGGACUCUGCGAUUGUUCCUCUACGGAUCAUUGGGAUCUGGUGCCGCUGUGGGUGGAUUCAUCACUCUGGCGGGAACAUUGGCUGCCCUUAGUGGUGCCAGGACCGAUGUCGACUUGAAUACCGAGUACGUUAACUUGGCCAUUGACUUUGGAGCCGUCUUGGCAUUUGCAGUAUUGGCCAAAUUUGAUUUGGACAAGGGCGCUGAAUUGGAGGGAAAAGUCGACGAAAAGAUUGAACGAAAACGACAACAAAAGGGAGUCGUCCGUGAAAUGAAAAAGAGAGAAAAGGAACUACAAAACUUGGACUUGGAAAUUCAAGUAUCGCUCGAUGGGACCACCAAAACGGCUUCGGUCCGAGAUCUACAACCGGGGCCAAACAACACAUGA